AUGAGCGACAACGCACCGCUGCAACCACGCAUUGCCGCCUUCGAACGCACGCUCGCCGCGACCGACCGUCAAGCUCAACUGAAUGAGUUCUGCACCCUCGCACGUCUUGUCCUCGACAACCGCACUCCGCAACAGCCCAUCCCUGCCGCCCUCGCCGAUGCCUUCACUCCCCAAGCCCUCAAGCUCUUGGAUCGCUCUGUGCUGGACCUCGUCAAGUCAGACCGCAACAAGCACGCUGGGUUCCGCGCUCUGGCCAAAGUCUCUCCCACGGACCGACAUCCUGCCGCUGUAGAACCACAUGUCAUUAUCGCCCUCCUCGGACUCCCCAUUCCCUCACGCCGCUUCGUACAGGUCUUCCAGCCGCUGUGCCGCCGAUUCGGACUCGACCAGGUCUUUUCUGCUCUGCUCCAGGCCCGGGCUACCGACAAGAGGGCCUCAGCAGGAUGGGAGUAUCGGCAUGUUAUAGACGCAGAAUCCGCCUUGAGGCAGAAUGACGAGGUGAAUGAGGAAGAGGUCUGGGCCAACGCAGAGGAUGGGACAAGGAGUGUUGAGUCAGAAUCUGUGGCUGCACCAGAACAAGGACGACGGGACCGAGUCACCCCCUCCCGCCCUGUGCACGAUGACUCCUUAAUGGAUCCUUUGGAGGGUCUGGUGCCCAAUGUCCAGGAUCGGCGCGAAGAUGGUCAUGACGUUGAGCACGAGGCUCAGACGCCACUGGUCAUCGAGCAUGACCGCACGGAAGACAACGAGGAUUGGACUGGAUCCGUACAGCACGGCAGUGAUGAUGACACCGCUUUCCUGCACAACGAUGAGCCCAUGCCAGCCGCCUCUCCCGCACGUUGCUACACCCAUCACACCGACAGCAUCGAUUCGAAUAUCGACUCUGACAGCCGUGCCGUAACCACAGAGAAUGCAGUCGAUACUCCCCAGACCCCGCUCUCCUCCAAAUCUCCAGCUACUCAGUCCACGAUGCUUACACGAAGGAGACCAGGCUCCAUCCACGAAGACCCCAAAGUAGCCAACACACCCCGGAAACGACGAAUGCUACGCCCUGCCUCGUCCACCAUCACCACGCACCCAAUGAGCUCAGAGAUGGAGCAAAUCCAGCCUGUACAGCCCGCUCCAAAUGUCAGCGCUACCUCCAGACCCCGGAAGACUUCAGGCACUGCUGGCAGUCGAGAUCUGAUGGGUACAACAUCCACAAUCAUGAUCGACCUCCCAUCAUCAUCCAACAAGCCCACUAUCCAGCUCAAAGCCACAUCCGCCGCCAACAUCACCGCCGCCAACACCACCGCCACAUCCACCAGAACUCCCACGACGUCCGACCGCCCUGAGACAAGUCUCGCCUACGCCAUACACUCCUGCUCCGAUGGGCAGUGGAUGUCCUCGACCGCCAUUUUCGACAUCCUCGAUGCCUUCAACCCCGAUCCAGACAGGAUCGUCAUCGUAGAGUCUGGAUUCCUCGAUGUGGACCGCCCUGCCGUUGCAACCCAGAUCUCCCGAGUUCGGCAGUUCACAUCGACCCAUACCAUCCUCAUUGUGCCACUGUAUGUUCCGCACAAUCACUGGAGCGUGGCCAUCUUCCUGUUCGACGUCCACACUGUUGUUCUGUACGAUCCAUUGCGCAAGGAUCGGGUCUGUCAGAAAGCAAGACAGGUUGUAGAGCACUUUGUCGACAGUGACUUCAUCAAAUUUCGGACGGACGAUGGGAUCCAAUGGGAGAUCGAAGACAACCAGGCCGGCCUUCGACAAACCAACACACUGGACUGCGGCGUCUACACCAUCAUUGUGGCCUUGGCUACCGCUGCUGAUCGAGAUCUGCCGCGAGAAGUAUGUCCUGCGCUCUGGAGACGAGCGUUUCGUGAGUGCCUGAGGGCGUUGGGCAGGUAUGUGCCCAGUGAGGACAGCAGGACAUGGGAGGGAUGCUGGAAAGAAGUUGUGAGCUCGGUGCCUGCUUUCCAGCCGCGGACCAUCACCUCGCUGGAAGAGCUCAUUGACUUCACCAAGAAUGCCAUUGAUGAGGAACGAAUAUCACUGGCACAACAGAUUGAACAUGCCAAAACUCUGGUACAGGAAUGCUUGCUGAUACUUGAGCUCGCCGAAGCCCCCAUCGCCCACCAGGAGCCUAUGUUGGAAGGUCUUCGACGAUUGGUUCGUCGAGAGCGAAAGGUCUUCGAUCGAUAUGGACAAGAAGAGCCGCCGAGCCGUCAGCCACCCGAGAUGCUCCAGCUUGAGAGGUUUCCAACGCUGCGAGCGAUGAAGGCCGCGAGGAUGCUGAUGGAGGGUGGGAAGGAGUUCUUUGCACAAGCCGCUGAGAUGACGAGGGAGAAGAUGGAGAAGCUGGCAAAAGAUCGAGACGACAUGCGUUGA